CUACCUACCACCAAAUAGCGAACUAACAACGCUUUUCACAACCAGAGAAAUAACGAUGUCUCGUAUUCAACCAUAUCGGUAUUAAUGGUCCGCGUAACUGAGACAAGUCCGCAUUUGUGUGAUAUUUGAAUGCAUGCGAGCAUGCUAUCAGAACACGUGUGACUAAAAAACGUAGUGAUAUUUUUCGUGAUAUCUAGCAUCAACUAACAUGUACAAGACAGUGAGACACGGUGAGAACAGUCUCCAAUACACCAUCCUUCCGCAAACGGAGGAGGUGCUCAAUAACAGUGGCCUAAAAGGUAAAGGUAGAGACUACAGCCCGUCGAUCCAUGUGCGACGGUCUCGAAGGAAAUCUACAGUUAAAUAUGUAUUGCUGAUAAUAUUUGGAAUAGUUGUUGCACUCGCGCUAGCUUCCGUUCCAUUAUAUGUUAUGAAUGGAGCAUUAUAUACUCGAAGGAGUCAAAGAGAGCAACAUGAAAUUGUUACUACAGCCCCCUUAGCACCAACAGGACGUGAAAUAGCAAAAUCUAGGAAAAAGGAAUUAAAGAUUUCACCCGGAAUUUCAUCAGUUCUUGUAUCAAAGUUGGAAAAGAUCAAAGAUACAUCUUCAGUUGCACCCACAACCACUUCUUCAACUGCUUCCACAGUAAUAAAUGAGAGAACAACGACUCUGCCAUGGAUUGUUCCUGCUUUGAAUUCUUGGAAAGGUUUAAUUUCUUCCACUACGAUCCAACCAAUUCCAACAGAAGGAAAUGAAAAGAUACCACUUAUCGGUACACCGUCUGGCAGCAUACGAUUACUUGACAACUACAUGUCAAUGAAACCUUGGGAUAAAGAUAUAAUAAUACGACCAAGCAUUACACCCGAGGCCGUCACUCUUCGUAAUAUCUUCAGAUAUUAUUCACGCUCAUUUCCACCUUCUGAAAAAUUAACUACUGCCAGUACAAAGUUAUUUGAAGACGUUUUAAUAACCACUAAAGCGACUACUACAACAAGACCUUCAGUUACUACAGAAUUUGCGACAACUAGCGAAAAAUCAAACCUCAAAGAUUUAAAAGAUACUAUUCUUUCAGUAGAUGAUGAUGACGAAUUUAAAGAAUCGUUGGAAGUGGAUGAAGUUUUCUCACUACCGCCUUCGAAGCCCGAUUCUUCAUCAUCAGGCACUGAUUCUGAUGAAGUCACCAUUUCAAAAGCUGGUGAUAGUGAAUGGUACGGAGCUAGGUGGCCUUUCGUUGACACUUCUUCAUACUUCCAAUGGACGGGUUACUCACCGGGAGACAACCUCCUCUUGCCACUGUUGGUGGCAGCUCUAUCGUCGAUCGCGUUGGUACUGCUUCUAGCAUUAGCCGUGAAACGCCGCAAAAGGACACAUGUCGCGUCCGCACAAAUAGGGAAGUUGACUGCCGAUCUUCAAGCCGACGACAACACUAACUUGUUAACAGCCGAGAAUCCUGAAGAUGGGGAAGAGUGAGCUACCGCGCUUAUAGCUUGUUCAAGAGCCCAACGCAGAAUGUCUGAUGUGCACGCGUUAUGUUGCUCUCUUGUGAAAGGAAUACGGGGUACCUACUAUUAUAUUCUAUGCUGAUCCAAUGCUUGCACUUAACAAAUACUCGCCACCAAACAUAUAAAUAAAAAAUUCGCCCAGAUGUAUUGAAUUAGGUAAUAUCUUUGAAGGAAUAACAUGAACGCACAUUAGGCAUUCCAUGCACCUUGUAAUGAUUUAGCAUCCAAUUGUAGUUUCUUGAAUGCAACCACAUUACAAGACCUGUGUGUUCGUCAUGUAAAACAAGUACCCAUCAUAUUUCAAACUUUCAGUGCCUAUUGUUUGUAUAUAAUGUACGAUUUGGUAGCCCUCUAGCCGCGAGAGCGCCGGCCUAUAGAAGGAUUCCUGAUGUUCAGAGAUACGAUAUAAUAUGUAAGUGUAUUUUGUAAACGCAAUAGAAGAUCGACUGUAAAUUAGAUAUUAUAUUCGUUAAAUGCCAAAUUCGCCAAAAUUAUUUUUGUUACAUAAAAUUAGUCUACAACGUAUUUACAAUUGUCAUAUACCGUCGCAAUGUGACAUAUAAUUAGAUAGUAGUGCCCUAAUGAGCUUGCUAGUAACGAAGACAUCGUGAAUUGUUUUCAAAUAUAAAACUAGAUCAUUUAUAAAACAGUACCUACAUAUGUUUUUGUAAGUAGGUGCCCGCGGACGUCAUUCACGAACAGAUACUAAAUCCAAUCAAAACAUUGCACCAUAUGGCACAUAAUUGGUCUGGUCGAUUAAGGUCUGUGCAUACGGGGCCGUCUGGUGACGAAAUAAGAAUACAAUGUGCGACCACUACUUUUUAUUCCUGGGAUAUUCCCAGGAUAAAGCAUAAUACCUGGGUAUCGUACUCUAUCCCGCAAGAUGAGUACUAAGUCGCCUUGCCUGCAUAGUAAUUGCAGUUUUUUUUUAAUGGGUGAGAACGAAAUUGUAACCCCGCGUGUGCUAUCUGUAUACGCUGGCGAGGCACCACUGAAAGAUGAUAGGUAAGGAUGAAAGCUGAUCAGUUAGCCCAUCGUGACGAAUGUCACAAGAAUCAACCACAAUGGUUUCCAGGAGGAACUGCGUAGAGGUGAUAGGGUAUAUUGCUAGUAAUGGGACUAUUAGACCCCACUGCUAACAAUGCCUUUCUCCAAGCAUAGUAGUGGUAAAUUAUAUCAUCCUUUUAAAAAGAGAUAUACGUACCCACUUGUGUGUAACAGUAAAAGGUCGUUACGAUGAUGAGACGAGGGACAGUGUUCGGAUUAUUCUAUGCUCGUCAAAUAUACAGAAUAGAUUAUAAAUAUAAUAGAUGACUGCAUUAUAUAACAAGAACGAGUUAAAGUUAUCGUGCGAAUCAUAGUAAAUUUUAUCCUCCGUCCCUCGUCUAGGAAAGUUUUCAAUGUUACGUGGUGGUAGGUACGUCGGUUAUAAAUGUUCAUGAAAUGUAGAUACCUAUAUCAUAUCUCUGAAAAUUCGAUAUUAUGACUCGUCAGUAUUAACAAACCCUGUGGUAUAAAUCAUCAUAAUAGACUUAUUUAUUUUUGUUGGUGUAGUCUGAAUAGGAUAAGAUGAAAUAUCAAUCUCUGUGUAAUGUACUAUAUGUUUGGACGUAAUUGAAAUUUAUUAUAACUUGAGCUAUUCUCUUUAAUUACAUAUUUAAAUCAUUUAAAUAUAGAUAUAAGACUGAAGUAGGAUUGGGUUGUUAUGGAUCCACACAGAUGGAUAUGUAACAAUUUGCAUUUAUUAGCUUUACACUCAACGCAAAGCAACGAGUGUCAUAAAUUAAUGUUUAGUGAUUGUAAUAGAAAUCUGUUAGAAAACUAAAGCUACCAGAUCAAUAUAAAUUUGAAUUUUUGGGAAUCUAACACUGUCAAAUAAAACGUAUAAACUUUUUAAUUAAUAUUCAAUGUCCUGAUUUGAAAUACGAUUUAAUUUAUUAUAUAAAAAAAUCAUAUUAAUGAUAUAUAUAUAUACAAAAUAUAUAAUGAACCUAAGUUGCAAUGGAAUAUCCAACAGUUUUUUUUUUUUGAGAGGCCAAUCUUGAAUUACUUGGCGAGAUAUCGUGUCAAAUUUUGUGAUGUUUCAAUUAUCUAUUACUUCUGUAUUUUAUACUUAUGUACUCAAAACAUUUCAAAAUAAAUCACGAUUUUAAUACGAUGGUAAGACAAAUAUACAGCUGCUAAUUAAGGCUCCCGGAUGGUCGCGAAACUAGUCGAACUUUCACGACUAUAAUACACGUAAGAUAAUCUGGUAAUUAUUAUUUUAAAUUCAUAUGCAAGAAUUGUUAUUUUUAUUACUGAUCUCUAUUAAAUCACUAAUUACUAUUUUGUGACACUGGUUAUUCUGCAAUGAAAUAUAUUCUUUCGUAACGGCACUAUUCAUUUGAAAUUAUAUUGAUACCGCCAGUCUCUGUGUGCUAUUAUACCUAGAUAUCCAUAUUAAUUACUAUGUAUUUCAAUGUUAGCUAUAUGAAUGUACAACAAAUGAACAGUGGGGAAUUAUAACGACGGUAAAAUAUUAAAUUGUGAUACUUCCGUAGUAUUAUCCAAGUUAUAAUUCCCCUUUAUUUAAUGGAAUUGUAUGACAAUGUCAUGGGAGAAUAUUUAAUCAGGAUAAACUUGUGUGAUAUAGGGAAGCUUCAGCAAAGUUCUGAGAAGGUGGCGCCACUGGAAAAAUCGCACAGACUGAUUCAGGAAACUUUCAAAACAUUAGAAAGAAAAAUAUUUUGCCUUUCACUACAGACUAAAACAGAGAUGAAAUUCGAUUAUGUUACAAUAUAAAGGCGCCACCAUCGGGACAAAUUGGCAGUAAGCUUCCCUAUUGAAAAUGUAAUUGGAUUAUACAGAUGGAUGUACAUUUUAUUUCAUGCGAAGUCGAAGCACAGUGUGUAACAGUAGAGAUAAGUUUUAGUUAGCUUUUACGAUAAACGUUAGUCGCUCUGUGGAUGCCUUGAGCGGUGUGAUUAUUUCAUAUUUGCUGUUAACAACACCAUGUAAAUACGUAAUAAAUUAUGUUUUCCCACCCAA